CGAAACUGUCAUCCAGCGUCUGUGGUGGAUGCAUUUUGAGUCGCGGUUGCAUAUUUUUUUUCGUUCGUCCGCCAGCGUGAGGAAAAGUUAGGCUGAUUUUUCCUCUUACGUGUAUUUUUUUGAAUAUUGUUCAGCUGAAAUAGCGACAAGAAGGACACGCUUUCAUCUGAAACGAGACACGUCAAAAUGUUCGAGGAGCUCUCCAAAGGUGAGCUCACGCUCUACUCGAUUUUGAUUUUCCUAUUCCUGGAAAAUCUGGUCAACCUGUAUCUGACGCGCCGGCAGAUCUUUGUGUAUGAAACGAGCAAAGAAAUCCCGGAGGAACUGCGCGAUGUGAUGAAAAAGGAGACCUUCGAGAAGGCCCGGCUUUACGGAUUGGACAAGGCAAACUUUGAGGUUUUCAAGCUGCUGGUUUGUGAUGUUGGAAUUGCCACUAUUGAACUGUACACCGGAUUCGUGGCCCAGGUCUGGGCUCGAGCACUGGAAGUCUCCGCCAGGGUUGGACUGAAUCCGGCGAACGAAAUCCACGUUAGCAUCGUGUUUCUAGUAAUGAUUAACAUCAUCGGGAUAUUUAAGGAUAUGCCGUUCAAGAUCUACGGGACUUUUGUUCUGGAGGAGAAGCACGGAUUCAACAAGCAGACCCCGGGAUUUUUUAUCAAAGACCAGAUCAAAUCAUUCCUGGUUGGGCAGGUCUUGUCCAUUCCCAUUGUGGCCGCCAUCGUGUACAUCGUUCAAAUUGGCGGAGAUUACUUCUUCAUUUGGCUGUGGGCUUUCGUGGGAGUUGUUUCCCUAAUUUUGAUCACGGUUUAUCCGGUUUACAUCGCACCCUUGUUCGAUAAAUUCCGUCCCCUGGAGGACGGGGAACUAAAGACCAGCAUCGAGAAGCUCGCCGAAUCCCUGCACUUCCCGCUCGGCAAACUGUUCGUUGUGGAAGGCUCGAAACGCUCGGCUCACAGCAAUGCAUACUUUACCGGGCUCUUUGGAGCCAAGCGGAUUGUUCUGUUCGAUACGCUUCUACUGAACAAAGGCCUGGCCGACGAUUCGACGCUGGCGGAUGAUGAGAAAGGCAAAGGCUGCGAAAACAAGGAGGUUUUGGCGGUUCUGGCUCACGAGCUGGGACACUGGAAGUUGGGUCACGUUCGGAAGAAUAUCAUUAUUAUGCAGGUUCAAAUGUUCUUGAUCUUCAUCGCCUUUUCUCAACUGUUCAAAUAUUCGCCACUGUACCAAGCGGUCGGUUUCCCAGAGAAUGUCCAACCGAUCCUGAUCGGAUUUCUGGUGAUCGUCAUGUACGUCCUGGCGCCGUACAAUACGUUGAUUUCCUUCGGAAUGACUAUUCUGUCGCGUCGCUUCGAGUAUCAGGCUGAUGACUUCGCCAACGGUCUUGGAUAUUCGAAGGAUCUGGGCAAGGCUCUGGUCAAGCUGCAUAUCGACAACCUAGGCUUCCCGAUCUACGAUUGGAUGUAUUCGGCAUGGAACCACUCGCAUCCGACUUUGCUGCAACGGUUGGAGCGUCUGAAGGCCACCCAGAAGAAGGACAGAUAGGUGACCGGAGCUGCGCGUAGUUCGUACUAGUCGGAAGGCGGUGGUAUUAGGAGGCGUUCAAAUUUCCAGAUGUCAUAAAAGAUGCAAUUUACCAAACACUGAGUCUGAGCAGCAAAGUACAUUCAAUUUUGUUUUUAGUUUAGCACACAAAAUAUUAGAAGAAAUAAUAAAGACUUAUCAGCUUCUUAUCAAA